AUGCGCUGCAUGCGUAUAUUACAUCCACCAAAUGUUGGGUCCAUAUGCAUCACCUAUCACGGUUAUCGAGUUAGGUAUCUACUUGAUUUCAACAAAAAAGAACCGCAAUUGAGGACAGUGCCAACGAAGUGGAAAGGUCGAGUGCAAUGGUGGAAAGAACCUAUCUACGUCUCACCACAUGUGAAUGUUUUACAGAGAGGAGUCGAUUUCACUUUUCAAGACGGUCGACCUGUCUAUGUAACAUCUCUAGAUGAGGUGCGGAGGAAAAAGGAACAAAUCGAAUUAGGGAAACAAAUUGUUAAACUUCUUGGUGAAGUGCGCGAUGCCGAAGAAAUGUACAAGCAAAGGUUGGAAGUUGAAAAACAAGAAAAUGAAAGAAGACUUGCAAUAGCACCAAUGCCAAAAGGUACACAAGAAAUAUCAUAA